CAAACUCCGUAUCUGAGAAGAUAAAGGCCAUUCACCUGAGAAAACAGCAUAAUCUCCCUUUUCAGGCUAUUUUAAAGAAAUAUCUUACAACUGCUUAUACUGGCCAGUUCAGCUACUAAUUGUCAUUACGUCGAAGGCCGUGUGCAUGAGUUCAAACCGAUUAAAACGCAUAAAGGAUCACAUUCUGUCUGAAAAUCAGUGCUCAGGAAUGGCCACUCCUGAGGGCAGCCCACUCACCACCCAUGUGCUGAACACUGCAGAGGGCGUCCCAGGGUCCCAUAUGGCCCUCAGCCUGCACCGCCUAGACACCGGCCUGGCAGUCUGGAGCCUUCUGUCCAUGGGAAUCACCAACGAUGACGGCCGCUGCACAGGACUCAUCACCAGAGAGGCUUUCACACCGGGGAUGUACAAGAUGCGCUUUGAGACUGGAGAGUACUGGGAGCACCGGGGACAAAAGUGUUUCUAUCCAUAUGUUGAGGUUGUCUUCACCAUAACUGAUUCUACAAAGAAGUUCCAUGUGCCUCUACUUCUGAGCUGCUUCUCUUACACCACCUACAGGGGGAGUUAGAGAGUACAUUGGCUCCCUUAACCUCUCUCUCUCUAUAUAUAUAGUAUGAGCAACAAACGAGAAUGAAUUAAUUAAAAGGGCAGACAUGGAUAGUUACAUGUAGAAACAGUAAUAUGUAAUGUCUCCAUAACCAAGCAUAAUUUAAUGCUUGAUUAAUACUGGGACAAUUUUAUUGUUAUUACAAGAUUUUAUAUAUCUGGAGUGUUUUGUCUCAUUUGGCAUUUAAUA